CCUUUCUCCAUUGUUUAUUGGACACAUCCCCUUCUUUACUGUCAUCCUCACCGAGGCACCAACCCCAGGCACUACCGGUCUCCCCAGCACACCGACGGACUUAUACCCUCAUCCCCAUCUUCACACUCCACAUCCAAACACAAACAGGCCAAUAUUCACAUCUUCACCUUCCCGUCCAGUUGUAAACAGUCUAAAAAGCAUUUCAUCCCGGUUCACAAAUCAUCUCCAUCACACCGAUCUUUCCCCUUCUCCGCCUCUCCAUCAGACCGGACACGGUCUCCAAUUCCAAGAUCUUGAUGAGGGAUUAAUCGUUGCUUUGCUUAAUAUGUCUUCAUCUUGGCUGACAGACAACAAACCAAUGUAUCCAGUUCUUCUUAUAUGGUUAUAAUUUUAAAUUUUAUGGAAUUGAAGUAGAUAGUAUCUAUUAGAUACAAUACAAAGCUGAAAGUAUCAAUUUCAUCCUUUUAUCUCUUUCUGCUAAAAAUAGUACUACUACGUAGCUCACAUAUCACCCUUUUGUAGUCUAAAAUUGUUUGUGCUUGUUAGAAAGCUAGCUUAUAAAACAGAUUUAUUGGCGUUCAAAUGGACUCUAAAAUUUGCUCAAUUUUUUAAUAAAGGAAGCACACAUGUAUCAACAUCCAUUUAAGCCACACAUUUAUAGGUCCAAAGCUACUUAGUUUGUUGCUAAGCAGAAUGAGCCAGAAUUGGCCACCUAACAAUCUGUAAGGUAUACCUUAGCCCCGAAAAAAUACAUAUCUGGUUUAUCUACUUAAAUGAUAACCACAUACCAUUAAAUUCUAAACACGCUUGUUAUGUGAAAUUGUUACCACACUUGUAUGGUAAAAUUGUACAUAUUAAUGAUUUUACCAUGUCUAUAUAUGUGAAAUCAUGUCUUCUGUUGUAAACAUCCAUUCAUUUUGUGUUCAUGGUGGGUUAUGCAUAUAUCAAUAUGAUGCUUGAUUUUGUUUACUUUGAAGUGUAUACGUGCUAUGUCUUGCAGCCACUCCAUGUAGUGGGUUUUGCCUAUAUCCUCCUCAUGAGAAAGAUGGAUUAUUUAUGUGCUCAAGUAUUGAUUUAAGAACAUUUUAAAAUGAGGAGUACAUACGGCUGCUUCUAGCCUCAAUAGAAGAUAGACCUACAAACCAUAGACAAGACAAAAGGCCACGCUUGGCAGCGGGAAUGAUAGCAUCAACGGUGAAGAAGCCAUUGUUGGGGAUCACCGUCCUAGCUUUCUCCAUCUUCAUAGCCAUCAUUUUGUUUCCUCCUUUAAAUCCCUUUUCUGAGACCCUAUUUUCUCCCAGUUCUUUGCUUCAGACACGAAAGACCAGAAAUAUGGAGCACCCGAAGGCUCGUGGGAUGGCGGCCUUGCAACUGGUGGAUUCAACAUAACUUUACUGCUCUCCCAGAUGAGACCAACGGUUAUAUCAGAGUGGAUUGUUAUGGUGGGCUCAAUCAGAUGAGGCGUGAUUUAUGUGAUGGAGUUGGCGUAGCUCGUUUACUUAAUGCAACUCUUGUUCUGCCCAAGUUUGAAGUCGCUGCAUAUUGGAAUGAAUCAAGUGAAUUUUCAGAUAUAUUUGAUAUCGAUUAUUUCAUCAAACAAUUGAACGGAUUUGUUAAAGUGGUAAAAGAUCUUCCUACAGAGAUUGCUUCAAAGGAACCUUUCGGAGUUGAUUGCAGAAAACGGAAAGGCCUAUUUGACUAUGUUGAAAGUGUUCUUCCUUCUCUUUUGGAGCAUCGCUAUAUUUCUAUCACACCUGCAAUGAGUCAAAGGAGGGAUAGGUAUCCUCUGCAUGCAAAAGCUGCAUUUUGUCAAGGUUGUUACAAUGCCUUACGUCUCGUAGGCUCACUUGAGAAGAAAGCUUCUGAUCUUCUACAAACCAUCCCAAAACCCUUCUUGUCCCUCCACCUCCGGUUUGAACCAGACAUGGUGGCUUACAGCCAAUGUGACUAUCCAAACCUCUCUCGCUCUUCCACAAAAGCAAUAGAGGCUGCCCGAAGUGACAGAAAGCCAUGGACAGGAGAAUAUGCCCGGAUUUGGAGAAACCGGGGGAAGUGCCCCCUCACUCCAAAUGAAACCGCAGUUAUCCUUAAAUCCCUUUCUAUCCCCAGAAACACAACCAUCUAUUUGGCGGCCGGUGACGGUUUGAUGGAGAUUGAAGGGCUUAAAUCGGUCUACACGAACGUGGUGACCAAAUCAGCUCUUAUCAGCAGUGAAGAUUUAACAAAGAUGCAUGGGAACACCAAAGCCGCACUUGAUUAUUAUGUGUCGAUUAACAGCGAUGCUUAUGUGGCUACUUAUUUUGGGAACAUGGAUAAGAUGGUGGCGGCGAUGAGGGCAUUCAAGGGGUUGGAUAGGACAUUGUUCUUUAACAGGAAGGAUUUUUCUAUGUUUGUUUCUCAGGGUCUUGUGGGGAAGGAGUUGGAAGAUGCCAUUUGGAAGGUUCACAGGGAUGAUUAUGUGAUGGGGAAGGGAUCUGCAUUGCCAGACUGCUUCUGUGAAGAAAAACUUUAAACUAUAUCCUAAAGUUCACUUUUAUUUGUUAUUUAAUUGAUUUUGUUUCCAAUGAGCAUCUUGCUCAUUUUCCUUUUAGGCCCAAUAGUGUAUUUUGUUGACUAUUGAAGUUUCUGCAGAAAAGAUUCAAAAGGCAAAAAGAUUAAAACAGAGAGAGAUCAUCCAAGUAAAGUGCCAAAAAACAGUGCCACAAACUACUCAUGGUUCAGACAGAGCACUGCAUAAAACACUGAAGCAAAGGCAGUGACCAGAUUCCACUAGGGGUGGACUCUGGCCGGUCCUUGUCAUUGUUUAGAGAAGCCCAGGCCUGACCCGGUCAUAUCCGGUCUGGGCUGGUAAUUCCAGAUACCGGGCGGUCCUGGUUCUAGACCCGGUCCAGUUCUUUUUUUUUCAUUUUUUUUUAAAAUUUUUGCCCGUUGCCAAGACUAAAAAUAAUUGGUGGUCGGAACUGAAUCUGGGACCAGGACCGCCUGUUACGGUCCCCAAAUAUGUGAACUGGAACUAGGUGCCCCUCUUGGCAGACAGAGCUGGUCCUUGACAUGAAACCGGAAAACACAGACCUGGUCCGGUCCCAAACAGUACCGGACCCAGUCCGGGACCGGGAUAGAUUGCUGGACCGGGUCCACCCCCUUUGUAAUGAGUCACCUAGCUUACAACUAAUUAGGCGUGGACCCGGUUCGGGCCGCCCGGCCCGGGACCGGCCCGGCCCGUCACUGUGCGGGCCCGGAACCGGCCCGGUUCUCGGGUCCGGGUCCGGUUCGGGCAUAGACCCGGUCGGGUUAGCGGGACCGGGCUCGGGUCCUAGUUUUGGAGGCCCGGCCCGGCCGGGUCGGGCCCGGGCCUAACGGUCAACUUUUUAAAAAAAUUUUUUUUUUUUUUGGAUUGUUUUGGCUCAAACGGCUACCCCAAACGGCUAUAUAGCCGUUGGGUGUACCAGGGGGGGUC